AUGGUCAUGAAUGACACACUGACGAUGUGCACUCGACUGGGGACGAAACGCUUGCAAACCAAUUGCCAAGCUCGGCGAACAGAUCAACUACCACCUGAUCAGCCAACAUCACUCCAUGCCCGUCCGAGACUGUGCUUGCGUCCAACACAGUUGCUCGAUGCUCCUGAAAAUCGAUUAAAGACGUUAAAGCAGGUGCUGUCCAUGACGUGUAUCCAAGACGGUGACGUUUUGCGAGCUCCCUUGCAACCCGAUCAUGACGAGCAUAUCUAG